UCAUCAUCCGCCCACCUCAACUCUGAUUUGACGAACGUCCUGGGUCACGAUAACGUCGCCCAGUCAGCCUAUAUAAGCAGCAGAAAGUUUUCCAAACACCCAGCAAAACCUCAAGUCGAACUCUGAUCAACAACAGACGAGAAAAAGCGCCGUCGUCCUUUUGCGUAAAAAGUGCCAAGACGUUUGCAGACAUGGAGAGGUCAGUCAGGUUUGCCGUGGUGUGCGUCGGUGUGUCUCUGCUCAUCUCCUGCCAUCCAGUCGAAGCUUGGUACAAGCAGUCGACCGGGCCCAGUUACUACUCGGUGGGUCGUGCCUCCGGUUUGCUGUCCGGUAUCAGGAGGUCGCCUUACGUCCGGAGGUCCGAGUCUGAGGAGACGCUGAUGGAGAGCGGGGAGACUGCAGGUAACAACGUGAUUCCAGAGACUAACAGGCAGAUCUCCAUACUGAAAAGCAUGGCCAUCUGCGUAAAGGACAUCUCUCCAGACCUGAAGAGCUGCGAGCUGCUGCGGGACGGGACGGGCACCUUCCAGUGCAAGGCGGACGUCUUCCUCACCUUGGACUCCCUGGACUGCCUGUCCGCGUGAGUCCCGGCCGGACCGGCGGAGACGGUCCUGGUCCUCCGCCGAGCCCCGGGUGCGCUUCUCUGGAAACGAAAUAUGAAGGAAAGGAAUGGGGGGUGGAUGAGUGUGUGUGGGGUGACGGCGCAGAGGAAAAUCUGAUCACUGUCGAUGAUGGACCGCUGCAGACUCUGAAUGUCCUCUUAUUAAACAAAAACUCAUUGUUCAGUUUUGCUUUGGUUGUGUAGACAGGAGUAUAAAAGAGAAAAAAAAAACAGUGCGAGAGAUGUUAGUUGAAACCACAUUCUUUCCAGAUGACUUCCUGUCUUUACUGUUGAACCCCUGACAUGUACCCUCCGUUGCCAAAAUGUAUUAAAUGUCCAGACAGUUGACUGCAGAGCAGAUUUCCUGGAAAUUACUUUUAUUUAUUUUAUCUAUUAAAAUGAACAAACACUGGUAA